GAUUAUCAGAAAUUUUAUUUAAUUCGAUUAAGGCAGUAAUUUACUGCGAUACAUCUAUGUUAUUACGUCAUGUGCAUUAUGAAUCGUUGUAGUACAAAGUUUUGGUCACAAUGACGAAAUUAGAUAAUAGUUUAAAAAGACAUCAAUCUCAAGUUCAUCGUAACUCAAAUUUUGAAUUUUUCGAAACAAAAUUUUUUUUAUAUCUAAAAAGAAGAAAAAAAAAAGAUAAGAAAAAGUAAAGAUUUAAAAAGAUGAGAAUAUUUGCAAUACCAAUAUUAAAAAACAAGACAACAUAUUAUUGUCGUCAUAAACCUAAAACAACAACAUAUUUAACAAAAAUGACGAAUUAUGCUACAAGAAAAUGGGAAGAAUUAUCAAAUGCUGAUAAACAAAGUUUAAAAGGUAGAAUUUAUGUAGGAGGACAAAAUUUAUUAGACAGAAUGGAUUAUCAAGAAUAUUUUCUUAAAGGUGUACCUAUGAGAGAAGAGAGGGGUGAUGAUAAAAGUUCAGUUCCUUUAUUAUAUCCUUCUAAUGUAAUCACUUCUGAACAAAUUGUAAAUAAUCUUCAAAAACUUUUAGAAAGAAGGUCACCAUAUCAUCGAAAAUAUAUGAUUUAUUCUGCAUUAUUUGUUCCUUUAUCAGCCACAUUUUCAAUAAUUCCUAUUUUACCUAAUAUACCCUUAUUUUAUAAUCUAUUCCGUUUAUACAGUCAUUAUAAAGCAUAUAAAGGAGCACAACAUUUAUCUCAUAUUAUUGAAGAUAAUAGACUUGUUCCAACAGCAUCAAAGGAAUUAAUAUAUAUUUAUAAUGGAUUAGAUUUAAAUAAAAAUGAAAUUAUUGAUGAACAAAGAAUUCAUAAUAUCGCCAAGAAAUUUGGUUUAAUAGUAUUAGAAAAUGAUGUUAAGAGAGCAAGAAAUCAAAUUUUAGAAAAAAUAAAAAAAGAAAAUCAAGAAAAAAAUCCUAAUAAUAAUAUUAAAGUUGAUUGAUAGUGUAAGAAAUGAUGGUGGUGAUAAUAAUAAAAUUAUAAAGGAUAG